CCGUUCCUCCGCUAAGUUUGUCCCUGCGCGGGCUCUGUCCCGGGUCUGCCCGUGUUGAUGUCGGUGACUAUGGACGGCGGUGUGGACGGUAUGGAGCUGCUGGAGCGAAGGGUGAAGUCCCGCCGGCCCGUCAGCGAGGCUCCUCCCUGGGAGCAGCACAGCGGGGAGCGGGACGGGGGGGAGCGCGGUACCGGUAAGGGGAAGCCCGAGGCCGGCCUGCAGCAGCUGAGCGAGGCGGCGGCGGUGCUGCUGCUGGGGCUGUUCGUGUGCGCUCAGUGGGCGCUGGUGCAGAUGUCCGUCCAUCAGCUGCUGGUGGGAACUCACACCGGGGAGUUCAGCUCCGAGAGGGCACGAAAACAUCUAGAGCACAUCACCAGCGUGGGGCCUCGGCCGGUGGGCAGCGUGGAGAACGAGGUGUUGACCGUGAACUACCUCCUGCAGCAGGUGGAGCUAGUGCAAGCCGAGAGUGCUGCUGGACCUCACGCCGUCACCGUGGAUGUGCAGCGACCCACCGGUUCCUUUAGCAUCGACUUCCUAGGCGGCUUUACCAGCUACUACGACCGAGUCACCAACAUCGCGGUUAAACUAGAGCCCAAGACUGGAGCUCAGCACUUCAUGCUGGCCAACUGCCACUUCGAUAGUGUGGCCAACAGUCCAGGAGCGAGUGAUGAUGCAGUGAGCUGUGCAGUGAUGCUGGAAGUUCUGCGCUCCAUGGCUAAUCUCUCCACUCCUCUGACUCACGGAGUGAUCUUCCUCUUCAACGGAGCCGAGGAGAACGUCCUGCAGGCGAGUCAUGGCUUCAUCACUCAGCAUCCGUGGGCAAAGCAGGUGAGGGCAUUUGUGAAUCUGGAGGCUGCAGGCGUCGGGGGGAAGGAGGUGGUGUUUCAGACAGGGCCGGAAAACCCGUGGCUGGUGCAGGCGUACGUUCACGCUGCUAAGCACCCGUUUGCCUCUGUGGUGGGACAGGAAGUCUUUCAGAGUGGGAUCAUUCCAUCAGACACAGACUUUCGCAUCUACAGAGACUUUGGCAACAUUCCAGGAAUAGACCUGGCCUUCAUAGAAAAUGGCUUCAUCUACCACACCAAAUAUGACACUCCAGACCGAAUCCACACAGACUCCAUCCAGAGAGCAGGUGACAACAUCUUGGCAGUGCUGAAGCACCUGGUCAUGUCUGAGAAGCUGGCAGACUCCUCGGAGUAUCGGCAUGGAAACAUGGUGUUUUUUGACCUGCUGGGCGUGGUGGUCGUGGCCUAUCCAGCCAGGGUGGGCACCAUCCUCAAUUACAUGGUGUUUGUGGCAGCCUUCCUCUAUCUGGCCAAGAAGUGCAGCUUGCCCAGCAACGCAGGUGGGCGUUACGUGCGGGACCUGGCGUAUGCGGCCUGUGUGGCUCUGCUCAGCUGGUUCAUUACCCUGCUGUUCGUGUUGAUUGUGGCGCUGUUGGUUACUCUGAUGGGCCGGUCCAUGUUCUGGUACAGUCACUUCUACACCUCUGUCUGUCUUUACGGCUCUGCGGCUGUGGGGAAGAUGCUCUUGAUCCACACACUGGCCAAGAACCUGUAUUAUGGGAACGUGCGGAGGCUGGAUCUGGGCGAGCUGUUUUUUGAUGUCAGUUUGCUGCUCUGGUGCUGUGUGUUGGUUUAUCUGACCCAGCAGGGACUCUGCUCCGCCUAUGUGCCCAUGCUGAUGGUGGCUUUUCCUCUGGGCAUCAAACUCCUGCUCUCCAGCCACUUCAAACACAAAGGUGCUUCAGUGUCCUACGCAGUUCUGUAUCUGCUGGGUCUGGCUCUGCCCUACGUUCACCUUAUGUUCCUCAUCUGGGUCGUCUUUGAGAUCUUCACGCCCAUCAUGGGCCGCAGCGGCACCGAAAUCCCCCCUGACGUGGUGCUCGCCUCCCUCGUCACGCUGGCAGCCAUCCUACUGUCGUCUUUCUUUAUGCACUUCAUCUACCUGGCACGCAGCACUAAGCGGGUGCUGGCGGCUCUGGGGGCGGGGUUUGUGGUGAUGUUGAUCCUGGUCUCCUGUGGCCUGUUUUUUCCGUACUCUGCCGAUCCGACCAGCCCUCGACCAAAACGUGUCAUCAUACAGCAUACUGUACGCACAUUCCAUGAUUUGGACGGUUCAGUGGAGAGGAUGGACUCUGGCCUGUGGAUCAACAGCUUCGACUACACGGGCAUGAGCCACGUAACCCCUCACAUCCCCGAGAUAAACGACACCAUCCGCACCCGCUGCCCAGACGACCUGCCCUUCUGCGGCUUCCCCUGGUUCCUGCCUGUCAAGUUCCUUGUCAAGAAGAAUUGGUAUAUGCCGGCUCCAACAGUGUCUCCUAAAUCCCCACUAGAAUUCACACUGGUCUCGAAGCAGGUGACAGAAUGGGGGGCUGUAAAACUGGGCUUUGAAGCUAAAGGGCCCAGCCACAUGUCCCUCUACCUCCUUCCCCACGCUGGUGCCUCCCUGUCGGGCUGGUCGUUCGGGGACGGGACGCCUCAGUUUGACCUAAAUGGAGAGUACUUUAUAUUCUACUCUCACGGCCUGGAUGCACCAACGUGGAAGUUCUGGCUUGAGAUUCAGCCACCUUCGGACCCCUCGGACGAAAAAGGCAUGAUCUCGGUUGCGAUCUCCUCCCAUUACUUCUUCGGUGAGGACCGGUGGAGUCCUCAGCUGCACUCUUUGUUGGAAAAGUUUCCAGACUGGGCAUUCACGUCCUCUUGGGUCAGCACCUACAACAUGUACCGAUACUGAGGGUCCACUUGCAGCCGGAGGAGGAGGAGGAGGAGGCCUGCAGGUUAGGUCCUCAGAAAGCAGGUGCACAGACACUCACUCAUCCAGCAUCUCGGUCCCCAGAAAGAACUGGGUCCCCACGCCACUGUGUCCACUCAUAACGAAUGGAGGUCCUACAAAGCAAGCCUGAACACAGACUGAGCAACACUUACUAACUGUCUCACAGUUCGUUAUGGUCACGUUUAAACGUCCAUCCUGUUGCCUGAUUCAUCGCCGUACAACUGGGGCAGCACGAUAAAAGACAAAAGAGCAGUAUUGCAAAUAUGCUGCUACACUGUGUGUUAGCAGUACACCUUGCAUGUAUUAAAAACACACUGUUGAAAAUGGUCACAAAGCCCACGUCCUACAAUGUUCUGCAUUUUUUUUCCCGCUCUCAGUUCCUCUUACGAUAUUGGUAUAGUUUUAUGUAGCAAAAACAGUCUUAAAUCAUUUUUACCUUUUUUAUUUUUAUAUCCUUUAAAGCUGAACAGGCUGUUUCUGUUACUGUGCCUUUAAGACUGAUGAGCUAAUGCUAAUGAGUUAUGUUUUGAUUGACUGCUCUGGCUUGGGCCUCAUUCAAAAAGCAGUUCAGGCUGAAACACCUCUAAUAAAUUGAAUAGGCAGAAAUAAACUAAGGUAGACUGAAAAGCUGAUAUCACAAAAACAGUAAAUGUUAAAAAAAAAAAAAGAAAUUGCUUUU